AUGAACCCGCAAUGUUCUAAAUGUAAAGCAGCAAUUAGGAAAUAUAACUACUCCGUCAAAGAGAUAGAAAGAAUGCGAAACGACUAUGCAGAUUUAAAGAAAGAAGCAGAAAAGCCAGCAGAAAAUAAAAUGAACAUGUUAGCAUUUCUGAACAAAAACUAUCCAACUGCAGAAGAUUUCCUUCUAUCUGACGUCAAGAAGAAGUAUAAAGAAACUUUCGGCAUUGUUAAAACUUUUGACAUACUGACAGAAGAAAUAGAAGCUACGAAAUUGUUUAGGAUUUCAAAUAUACAUCGUACAAUUCAUGUAAAACGCUUGUGA